CCACAAAUAUCAGUAAAAUACAUACAAUUCGUGUGUGCGUCUGGAUUUUGCUGUAUUUUUUAUUUAAGAAUGAAUUAUUAACUAACCAUUAAUAAAUUAUUAUUAAAUAAAAAACAGUUAAAACCGCGAUUCAAACAUACACACCGAAUCCUCCCGAAAACCGUGCAAAACAAGAACACCAUGGACCAGGAGAAUUUCCACGGCUCCAGCUUGCCGCAGCAGCUACAGAACCUCCACAUCCAGCCGCAGCAGGCGUCCCCCAAUCCUGUCCAGACGGGAUUUGCUCCACGGCGGCACUAUAAUAACCUUGUCGGCCUGGGCAAUGGAAAUGCCGUCAGUGGUAGUCCGGUGAAGGGUGCUCCGCUGGGGCAGCGCCAUGUGAAGCUCAAGAAGGAGAAGAUAUCCGCCCAGGUUGCGCAGCUGUCUCAGCCAGGUCAGCUGCAGCUGUCAGAUGUUGGUGAUCCUGCCUUGGCGGGCGGAUCGGGCUUACAAGGUGGAGUCGGCCUUAUGGGCGUAAUAUUGCCCAGCGACGAGGCCUUAAAGUUCGUCAGCGAAACGGACGCCAAUGGACUGGCCAUGAAGACGCCCGUCAGCAUUCUGCAAGAGCUGCUAAGCCGACGAGGAAUUACUCCCGGCUAUGAACUUGUCCAGAUCGAGGGCGCCAUACAUGAGCCGACCUUCCGGUUUCGCGUGUCCUUUAAAGACAAGGAUACGCCCUUCACGGCCAUGGGGGCAGGACGAUCGAAGAAGGAGGCCAAGCAUGCGGCGGCCCGUGCGCUCAUCGACAAGCUGAUCGGCGCGCAGCUGCCGGAAUCGCCUAGCAGCUCCGCUGGUCCGUCGGUGACUGGGCUCACGGUCGCCGGAAGCGGAGGAGACGGCAAUGCCAAUGCCACAGGCGGAGGAGAUGCCAGCGACAAGACCGUUGGUAAUCCGAUUGGCUGGUUGCAGGAAAUGUGCAUGCAACGGCGAUGGCCACCGCCGUCGUACGAAACGGAAACGGAAGUGGGUCUUCCCCACGAGCGGCUCUUUACGAUCGCCUGCUCGAUACUCAACUACCGCGAGAUGGGCAAGGGCAAAAGCAAGAAGAUAGCCAAGCGCUUGGCCGCCCACCGCAUGUGGAUGCGUCUGCAGGAGACUCCCAUCGAUUCGGGCAAAAUCAGCGACAGCAUCUGCGGCGAGUUGGAGGGCGAAAACGAAUCUGUAAAGCACCUUUUCCACACAAAAGUGAUAUGUUUCAACUCACCAUUGGCGUGUGUGAUUUCAAAUGUGUGCGAAAUGCAAUGGAGAAAAGAAACCAAAAACUUUGCGCUCUUAUUUACAGCCCCGCAGUAGUGAAAAUUAUUAUGGUGAAUUGAAAGAUAUCUCUGUGCCGACACUGACCACGCAGCACAGUAACAAAGUAUCCCAGUUCCAUAAGACCCUAAAAAAUGCAACGGGCAAAAAACUGCUUAAGUUACAGAAGACUUGCUUGAAGAACAACAAGAUUGAUUACAUCAAGCUGCUGGGCGAAAUCGCCACGGAGAACCAGUUCGAGGUGACCUAUGUGGACAUAGAGGAGAAGACCUUCUCUGGCCAGUUCCAGUGCCUGGUUCAACUGUCCACGCUGCCCGUUGGCGUUUGCCACGGCAGCGGACCAACAGCUGCCGAUGCCCAGCGGCAUGCCGCCCAGAAUGCCCUCGAGUACUUGAAGAUCAUGACCAAGAAGUAGGGGGUGCAGCCAACUGAAUAGCAAAAUCUGAACGCACACCACGACCACGAUCACGAGUAUUUGAUGAGAGCGAUUACCGAGUGGAUACGGGAUAACUAAUGCACCAGUCUAAUUGCUUUUCUUUCCACUUUUUGGCUCAAUGCAGUGGCGAUGUUACAUAUAUAUAUAUAUAUAUUUUGUUUCUUUUCCACCGAUUCCUUUGAUUAGGCAGUUGUAUUUGUUAACUGCAUAUGUAAAUGUUCAUAUAUGUACUACACUUACCGAUGAAUGUAUGUACGCUUGCAAAUACAGACAAGCGUGUAAUCGAUAUUGGAAUCUUCUAGUCGCUUUCAAAUUCUGAAAAACGUAAAACGGCAGAUAAAACUAGGUUUAAGGUAGACUACGUGCUAGUUUGCGAAGGAAAAAGGCUUAUGAAUAUAAUCGGUAUUUGGUAAUCGCU